GAGGUGUUUUGCGGCGUGCUGCUGAAACGAAACAUAAAUUCUGUGUGUAAUUGAUUCAGCUAGAGUUUCGCGUUGGAAGCAUACAGAUACACACGUUCAAGGUAGCAGCAGUAUGUUAUUGUCACCGUGUGAUAGUUUUGAAUCAGGAAUGGAGGAUGAAAUAUUAAGAGAAAUGGAAGGAAACAGGCCACGUUCUAGAACAUGGCCCCUUCCGCAGCCUGAAGAUUUUGAAUCACAAAAAUCGCCCGAAGUCGAGGAGAAAAUAUCGACGGCAAAACUUGAGCCGGGCUCGAAGAAAGGUUCUCGUAAAAAUGCUUGGGGAAAUCAGUCCUACGCCGACUUGAUAACUCAAGCAAUCCAGAGCGCUCCAGAGGAACGUAUGACUUUAUCACAAAUAUAUGCUUGGAUGGUCGAAAAUGUCGUAUAUUUCAAAGACAAGGGAGACAACACUAGCAGCGCUGGCUGGAAGGUAUGUAAAGCUGUAUUUAAUAUUUAGUAUUACAUUUAAACGUUUGUAGUAGUUAUGCAAGCUUGUGUUAUUAUACUAUAACACCUAUAUUUUAACGUGUGUUUAAGCUGUUUGCGUUUUAAUAAAGAAGCAAUAUAUUUCGUUCAUUAUAGAAUAGUAUACGGCACAAUUUGUCCCUUCAUAAUCGUUUUAUACGAAUACAAAAUGAAGGGAAUGGGAAAUCGUCUUGGUGGAUGGUUGAUGCCGAUGCUAAGACGGAGAAAACGAAACGUAGAAGCCGUUCAAGCUCUCUAGAUUCAGAUAGCGGCCCGAAAGCAACAAAAACCAAACGACCGGGUAGGAAAGGCAAGCGAAGCGAACACAACGAAGACAAACCACUGAGCCCGAAUUCAAAGCUUCGUGUUACCCCCAAAUCGCCUAUAAAUACCGAACCCUCGGUUAUAUUGGAAGAUAAUCCAUUCCCUUUCCCCUUAGCAGACUACAGGCAUCGUUCAUCGUCCAAUGCAUCGAAUGUGAGCAGUAUCAGCGGUCGGCUGUCGCCUAUUCCUUCACACGAUGAAGAGUUUGAUUUAGAUGAAGUCUCGAUGUCGCCAGCACAAGAACAACAUACGCCUGUUGUAGUCGAGGAAUUAAUGGAUAAUAUGAAAGAAAACCUGAGUAUGACAAUGCCUCAUCCGCAACCAGCAUCUCCGGCUGAUAUUGCAGCAUUUCGAGCAGCAAGAUGCAAUGAAGACUCUAUGAAUAUAGACUCACCACCGGCUUCGCAGUUUGUUGACAACCGGUACCCGAGCACCGACUACUUCCCUGCUCCAAGCUUGAAGCAAGCUCCUUUUACAGCGUCAAAAAUCCCUCCUCAAAAAAGCCUGUACAAAGAGGCGCCUCCUAAUACCUUACAGCAACAUUUAAAUGGUCUUUACCUCCGUGGGAAUAUGAAUUCCCCAAGUAAUUUUCAAAUUUUGGAACGGAAUAAUAGUUCGCAGAUUAUUCAUCCCGACCAACGACCACCACCGCCGCCAUAUAAUGUACAACAUGUAAAUACCUCGAUGCAAAGGCCCCAACCUACCCCAAAUCGACUGCCAAUGCAAGGUAAUAACUAUAUACCGUACUACCAUACCUCUCACAACGAAGGAGUACCCAUGAUUAGUGUUGAAAUGGCUGAUUCGGUCGCAUUACCAGGCGACUUUGACAUUGAUUUUCUUGACAGACUUGACCGGGACAUUACAUGCGACGUUGAGACAGUCCUUCGAAAUGAUUCGGCAUUCAAUGAUGGACAUUUGGAUUUUAACUUAGACAAUUACGUAUCUGCAAUUGCACUUCCAGAAAUUUCAAUUUCUAGUCAUAUUUCAGGAAAUAUGGUACAUUGAAUUGGUGUGAAGUAAUUUAUACUAUCAAAGCGUCGCCAUUCCUUCCAGCGAAGAUGGCCGAAAGGGCAAGGACCAAAAUUUGACCAGGUUUUCAAUAAAUCUACUACCCUCGGAAGCUUUUCUAAAAAGCACAGUUGAGCGAGUACUACAGUCCAAAACUGGUUCAAGAAUCGAGAAAAAUGGACUUAAAUCAAAGUUAAAUCAGGGACAUUAAAUUAUAUAUCUAUUUGACUAAAUUACCCCAUGUACAUUUUGAACAAUCUCAGAAGGUCUGUCCGUGGAGUCGAUUUCUUACUAGACAGCAACGGGAUAUGGCAUUAAUACAGUAUUAAUUUUUUAUUGUGUAAGGUUAGUUGCUUCUCACUGUGUGACAAGCAGCCAGUCUGUCUCUGGCAGAGCCAAACAACUGGUCCAGUAUAUAAAAUGAUAUUGUAAUGUUUUAUUAAUAUUUGCAUAUAGAGAACUGUAGUUGUAGAACUCAAUAUUAUAAAGGCUAUCGGACUACUAUGUACCUGAAAUGUAACUUAUAUAAUCUCAGUUAUUAUAUUUAUAUAUUCCUAAAAACCUGACUAUAGACCGACACAAGUACAACGCAAACAUGCGUUGGACGCGUUGUCAAAAAUUAGAAUUAAUUACGAAUUCACGAAUAUUGCAACUUGCAAUUUUUUGCAGAUGUCCAUAAAACACACUCGGAAUAAAUUAUUUCAAAAAAUUACCUUCUGGUUAUCGCUGGCAGCCGGUCCGUUUUCCGAUUGUGUUUCAGAUUUCAUUAUAAUUAUCUAGAAUCGACCAGGAAUUUGUUCUUAGCUUUUCAUUAUGAAACCUGCUGAUAUUCGGAUAUCAAAUGUAAAUACAGGGAACAGCUGCAAGUUUUCGCGCGCGCGCCAUUCUGUUGCCGGAAUGUAGCAUGAAUUGAACAUUUCGAACUCGGAAUUUUCGUGUUCUGCGAGUAUCAUUAAAUCGAUGGAAUGGAUAUUUUGUUUUCGGAGCUUAAGUAAAUAAAUUUAUUUGAGCUGAAACCGGCGGUAUUAACUCGUCAUCAUUAUGCUCAUCAUGAUAUUUAAAGAAUUUCUUCCUUUAAAAAAUAAUGUACAAUUUUAAUGGUAGGAAAUUAGCAUAAAAGAGC